AUGGAUGUAAGAGCAAGAGCAACAAGAGUUGGAAGUGAUGUUAUUCUUCGAGGGGAAAAAAAAGUUGGAAACAAAAUUAAAAUUGCUUCUAUUGAGGAUGGGAGAGAGCAACAGAGACAGAGUAAUGGCCAAAGGGUGUCUAGCUUUUUCACUAAGAAGACGAGGCAAAGUUCAGGUUCCAAUCAAGAGUUUGAAAGAGAAGCGAGCAAGACUAUAUAUUAUCAGGCGUUGUGUGUUGAUGCUGGUUUGCUGGAGAGACCAUGGAGAUAA